AUGACCGGAACGAGGCUGAGAGAGAGUUCAGUGUGUGUUUCUCGUCUCUUCGUUGACUUCGUGAGCGGGUUUUUCGUGUAUUUGGUUGUUGCCGGACUCAGAGGUCGUAGGCACCAUGAGGUUGACUGUCCACUUCAGGCGCGCGGAAGGAUUACUCGCGCUCAAAAUAUCGAUACAGUGAUGUUCACGACACAUGGCGCUGCUGAACUGGUUUGGGCUUCCAGCGAGACCGAAAUCGCCUUUCUCAAUGGGACAACUGAAUUUUCCCCCACCGUAGUAACCACAGCGGAGCCCAAAAGUAAUGAGUCGUGUGGGGAGCAGCAGACCCUGGACUUGGACUUGACUAAGACAGUGAUUAUUGGGAUGAUGCUCAGCACCAUCACCGCGGUCACUGUGAUGGUAUCUCUGGCCAUAGCUGAUCUGUCUGUGGCAGUGGCCGUGAUGCCCUUUGCCAUCGUGACUGACCUGACGGGAGGCGUCUGGCUGUUUGGGGAGGUUUUCUGCAACAUCUUUGUUGGGAUGGAUGUCAUGUGCUGUACAGCAUCAAUUAUGACAUUGUGUGUGAUCAGUGUGGAUAGAUACCUUGGAAUAACUCGGCCUUUGACCUAUCCAGCGAGACAGAACGGACAGCUGAUGGCCAAGAUGAUAGUCAGCGUCUGGUUGGUAUCGGCAUCCAUCACUCUGCCACCAUUCUGCGGCUGGGCUCAGAACAUCAACACUGCGGGAGUGUGUCUGAUCAGCCAAAAUGUGGGCUACACCCUCUACUCCACCGCUGUGGCCUUCUACAUCCCAAUGGUGGUCAUGCUUUUCAUGUAUUACAAGAUUUUCAAAGCUGCCCGCAAAAGUGGGGCCAAACACCACUUCACCACCCUUCCCCCAAUUCAGAUGGCCUGUCCCGAUGCAGCGUUGGCCACCGUAGAGGGGCUCUGCAUGCAUGGGAUGAAGAACGGCACAGCUACUGAAGAGUUUUCCACCCUCUCCUGCCUCUUGAACCGCGAACGGCGGAGUGCCUCGAUUUUCAGGCGCGAACAGAAGGCAGCCACCACCCUUGGGGUGAUUAUGGGAGUGUUUUCGUUCUGCUGGUUGCCAUUUUUUCUCUUCACCACAGCGCGGCCGUUCAUCUGUGGCCUGCUCUGCAAUUGCGCCCCCGUCUGGCUGGAACGGGUACUGCUGUGGCUGGGCUACACCAACUCGCUCAUGAACCCUUUCAUCUACGCCUUCUUCAACCGAGACCUACGUUCAACUUAUAAAGACCUGCUACGCUGCAGAUAUCGAAACAUUAAUCGCCGACUCUCAGCUAUGGGAGUGCAUGAGGCUCUAAAGCUCUGACUGCUCACAAUCUGUUUAUAUGAUGGGAUGGUGCAAAUAUAUAUCUUCUUGACUCUUCUACAAGUUAAGCAGCACAGUUUGGAGAGAAUUCACUGGGAAUUACAAUAAUUCUGAUUCACUAAAAACGUUC